AAGAUGACUUAACUAUUAGUGGGCCCAAAACUAUUGUAGAAAUUGAUGAAUCAAAGUUUCAGAAGCUAGAAAAUUUUUGGAUAAUUGGUGCUAUUGAACGUACAAAAGAAAAAAAAUGUUUUUUUGUUAUAUCAGAAAAUCAAUCACUUGGCAUGAAGUAUAAGCGAGAAAAUCAUUCAAAAGUAAAUAUCAAAAACAGAAAAAUGAAUAUUCAUAGUAAUACAAUUGAGGGAAUUUGGAGUGGGCUUAAAAUGCAGAUAUCCGAACACAACAGAAACAAGCAUGUAAUUGAAGAUUAUUUAUUAGAGUAUUGCUGGUGUAAUGAGCAUUGUAAUAAUUUAUUUAAUGCAUUUUUAGAAGCAUUACAACAAGCCAAAAAUUAA